AUGGAAAAACAAGCAACAUUACAAAUUGUUUGUAUACAAACAUACUUGACUCAAUACCAUUAUCAAUCUUACCCAAUCCUUAAGCAAUAUCUUCUACAACGGAUACGUCUUGGCCUCAAAACACGAUCGACUACAACGCAGAUUCCGUCCAAUAGAGAACGCAGUCAGCAACCGACUCUAGUCAUUCUUCCAGAAUGUACAGGAACGUGGCUGUACUAUAUGUGUGUGCCAAUGCCGAGAUUUUUACAUGGAUAUUUUUUCAAUUCGAACAAUCGUAAAGCAAAUUAUCAUUUAUUAUUUAUUGCGUAUACAUUAGCAACUCAUUUACGAUUGUUCGUGAAAGAAAUCUAUAAAAAUUAUGAGUCGAGUAAAACCUGGCCAAGUAUAUUUCGCCAGUCUUGGUUGACUCUUUUUGCUCGUCGAACGUUUUCCAUUUAUAAACAAUUGUUCAGUGAAUUAGCGAUAGAAACGAACUCUACUAUUGUUGCUGGCUCAAUAUUUGCCUAUAACGAUUCCAAUGACAACAAGUUAUACAACAUGUCAUAUGUUUUCCAACCAAACAAUGGUGCAAUUUGUCUUCAAUCCGGUAAACGGUAUCCAACGUUUGAAGAAAGUGAUUUCAUUCAUAGCUAUGAAUGUUCCCCAUCGAUUUAUUCCAUUCCAAAUACAAAUAUCGACAUUGGCAUACUUGUAUGUGCUGAUAGUUGGAUGCCAGAAGUUUACAAUGACUACGGUUGGCUAGAACUGAACUCGCAUCGGCGUUUUCUUUUUAUUAUUGUUGCAUUAAACACUGGUGAUUGGAACAUGCCAUGGCCUGGUUAUGAUGCAAGCACGGAUGUUCCGAAUGAUGUAGAUAGCGAACAUUUGCAAACAUAUUCAUUGCCACAAGCUUGGUUUCAUUAUGCUGUUCAACGUGCAUUUGAUGCACUGAGCAAACGAAAUGAUUUACUUGGAUAUGGUGUCAUUUGUUGUCAAGGUGUAUUGAAUUUAAUGAAUGAUAUUCGUGCCGAAGGAGAAAGUGUCAUUCUACUGAAACGUUCGAAAGAUGAGGAGAAAGUUUUGUUUGAAGCAAAAACAUGUGUCGAAGAGAAAGUCCUAACAUGUGAAUUUUGA